CGAUUGGCGACCCGACGACGACGUGCGCAAAAACAUUCGGAUAGCGAUACACGCAACCUACCGAGCUUCAAGUCGAGAAGCAACACUAUUUUUGCCUUUUUUCCGACCUUGGCAGUGCGCAACGACCUUGGACACCGUACCAGCCAUAUGCGCUGAAUAUAUAUCUAUACCCGAAAUCAAAUCACCUAGAGCUCAAAGUGAGCUUUACCUCAACAUCAGAGCCAACCCAGCCACGUCUUGCCUGGCGGUUGACUGAGCUUGUAUUACGACUUUACCCCGCCAUCAAGUGCGCCCGUUCUAUGAGCACCAGGGUCCUCCUGCGAUUCCUUUCCAAGCCCGCAAUGCCUAGAUAACGCAAGCCAGACCCCAAUUUGAACAGCACAACUUCAUUUUAGAAGCUGUUCUGAUAGACCCGAUACUCCAACCCAGUAUCGGACUACAGAACUAGCGGCGCAACCAGCGACCAUUCCAUCCUCAAUACUCUGCCACAUUGCUGAGUGCACACGCCCUCCUUAACGUCUAUUCAGGAGACGUUUUUACCAAUACCCACUGCUGCUGGCUCCGCCAGCACUCACUCGAUACCCACGGUUCUGUGGGCCUAUACUACUCAAGCGGACACCGCAGGGUUCGUUUGAGCGGUAGAUAGUGCUCCACAGUGCUUGUUCAGCACAUAAUAUCCUAUCACCCAGUUCGAUCUUGCUAAGAGCCUGUCGGUUCCAACACACAGCGGCGAUGGUAGAUAUUACUAGCCCACCCACCAACACAAUUGCAGUAUCGGAAGGUACACCGCAACUCACCAUCAAUCAUGAAGCUGUUGUCGAUCUAGACUCUAGCAAUGCCUUUGAAGGUCCAGAAAAGUUGUUAGAAGUCUGGUUUGCUCCUUCAGCGGACACGCUUCCGCCAGGAGCACACAGGGAUGGGUUGAAAGCUGUGUCAGCGGAAGUAUGGAAGGAGAUGCUCGAUGUUGUGAACUGCAAGGUUCUCUCAAUCGUCGAAUCCGACCAUGUCGAUGCAUACCUCCUUUCCGAGUCGAGCAUGUUCGUGUUCAGCCACAAGCUCAUCCUGAAGACAUGCGGCACCACAACCCUCCUCUGGGGGCUCCCACACAUCUUGGAUAUUGCCGCUGCCAAAGCCGGAUUGGCCCACCACCGCGGCAGCAACGUCAAGGGAACAGAGACGGCGGCAACGCCCUACCGUGUGUUCUACAGCCGGAAGAACUUCCUAUUCCCAGAUCGCCAGCGCGGACCCCACCGCAGCUGGAACGACGAGGUCACGUACCUCGACAAGAUGUUCUGGGGUGGAAGCGCAUACAUGGUCGGCAAGAUGAACGGGGACCACUGGUACCUCUACCUCACGAGCCCCAACACCGACAUCACCCCACCCCAGACUCCCGAAUCUGAAAAGCCAACGGAGACGAAAGUCCUCACCCUUCCCGGUAAAGAAACCCCCCACCCCAACAACGCCACCGGCAACGACGAGACCCUCGAAGUCCUAAUGACGGACCUCGACGUCGAGAAAGCCAAACAAUUCUACCUCAACAACGCCAGCGCCCUCGCCGAGAGCAACUUCUACCAACAGCAAAAACUCACCAACCAAGAGAGCACCCCCGACGCCCUCCCCAUCCCCUCGGAACUCACAACCGAAGGCCACGCCCUCGGCACCGUCGUCUCCGAGUCCUGCGGUCUCUCAGCUCUCUACCCCCCCUCCCGCUACCCCGACGCCCGCGUCGACGCUUACCUCUUCACCCCCUGCGGCUUCUCCGCCAACGGUGUCAUUCCCGCGCCCGACGCGUCCGGUGUGGGACCUGCGACGCAUUACUUCACUGUACACGUGACGCCGGAGCCACAGUGCUCGUAUGCGAGCUUCGAGACGAAUGUGCCGGGGCAGCAGACGGGCGGGGAGACGGCAGAGGUGAUUGAGCAUGUUGUUGGGAUUUUUGCGCCGGGGAGGUUUAGUGUUACGCUGUUUGAGGGGAAGGUGUGUGUGGAGGAUUUGAAGGCUUUGGAUGAGAGGGUUGAGGGGGGUGUUGCUGCGGCGGGGAGUGGGAAUGGGGCUGUGAAUGGCGAGGUGAAGGGGAAGAGGAGGGGGAGGAUGGAUGCGAUUAGAGGGUAUAGAAGGGUGGAGAGGAUUGUGCAUGAGUUUGAUGGGUAUGAUCUCGUCUUCCACUACUACGAGAGGGAUGAUUGGAAAGGGGGCGCCCCGGUGGUGGGGGAGGUGAUGUAGGUGGAAUAGGCGGGCAGGAGCGUCUACGUAGGAGAGCUGGACACGUCGUCCAGGCUGGAGAUGGGCGGAUUCGGCGUUUACGCUGAUCCUCAAGAGGUGCUGGGAGCAUUUUUUUUUAGUUUUUUAGAAAAGAAAACAACAAAACAAAAC